AUGGGUCGGCAAGAGGUUACCGAACGCACUUGCCUACUCACGGCUGGCUAUACCGAGACUAUCACUCCCGAUCAGUCAUCCAUAGCCUGGGUACUGAAGAAGACAGGAAAAAUGAAGCUGGAGAAGAAGGAGGGCGAGGGAAGUGAGAAAGACGACAUGCAGAAGAAGGGAAAGAGUAGAAAGAACGAGGCAAAGAGAGUGACGAAGAGCAAGAGGAUAAGUCAGAAAGAGGACGUAAGAAAGAAGAAGGAGAAGGAGAAGAAUCUGCAGGAUACCCUAACCAUCGCAGAGGAUGAAACGACAAAGUGGGAAAACGACAUCAUCUUCGAAUGGACCAAGAAAGCGCAAAAGCUUGUCAAGAAAGAAGUCGGUAACCUUUUCAGGGAGGGCAUUGCUUACUAUGGAAUGACUUUCAAGCAUCUCCUUCGUGGACACAAAGCAUCCAGCAACAAUUCUAGCAUCACGGUCGAACAAAUCAUGUCUGAAAAGCCAGGUCGCACUGUCGAGCAGGCGUACAAGAUCAUCAUCGAUCAGGCGUGGGAAGUCAGCCUAGAACACUUUCUCCGUAAGAACCAAAAUCAGGCAACUUGCGAAGCAGCAUACAAGGUUCACUACCCUCCACCCAGAAACGUUGUCGUGAGAUCUCGUAAAAGGAGCUCAUCGGAAAAACCGCCGCGAAGGAUACUUGUAUCCGAGGAACGGGGAAAACGGCGAAGUCGGUCAUCCAACCCAUCCAGAGACGUGACUUCAUACAGCGGUCAAAUCGUAUACGGUAAAGCGCCUUAG